GUCUUUUGUUGAUUUAAGAGUGUUGUCAUUUGAAAUUUUAUAUUGAUAUAAUUUUAUCAUUGAAACUUAGGAAGAAUUAUCAAAAAUAAAGUUAAAAAAGAAAAAUUGUGAAGCCUAUAUAUAACACAGUACAACAUAUCACAUCAAAAACCAAAUUUGCACAAAACUGCAUGACUCACGGAUUCUUCGAUUUGCAGAUCUUAUGGAGUUUAAAAAUUUUGCAGUCCAAGAGGACUGCUUAAGAAAUGGGAAAUUGCUUUGGAAAAUGUUUACCCAGAAUGCUCAGCGGCCAUAACGAUUCAUCAUAUAGUGAUAAAGAUAAAGUGAGCUGUGAGACUCUUGAUCUGAAUACUAAUCUUGAAAGUUUCAACAAUUCAUUUUUAAAUGGAUCAAAAACAAGUGGCAGUUUCUUGUCACACUCCUUCACGGAGAGGAAAUUUGGGAAGAAGAAACCUGUACUACAAUUUGUCGAUGAACUGUUGCAUCCCCAGAAAAAAAAUACUUAUAGCAGAUUGAAAGAGCCAUGUCUACCUUUGGCAGGGUCUUCAACCAUUACCGAUAUUCAGCUUCAUUCAUUGGAUGCAAGAGCUCUAUUACCACUCACAAACCAAUCUUCACCAACAACAUCACUAGAUUUGGAGUGGGAACAUGAAAUCAUUCCCUUUUUCAUGGUUUCUGAGAAUUCAAGCAAAAAUAUAUCUCGUCCUGAAAGUGAAUAUAGCGUUCAGAGUAUGAUGCCGACUGGUCCCAACUCUGAUUGCACCCAAGCUUCUUCGGCAAAUUCACUAGAAUGGGAUAGCCUCUAUCCAAUCAGUCCUCCAGUAUCGGAAGUUGAUGGUGACACUCAAAUAUUGUUAGGCGAAAUUGAGAGACUUACUAAACAAACGCUCUCGGAAACUGGUCUGGAUUACUCACCUAGUUGAUCAAAUCAAAAUCACUUCCAAGAAAAAUAUUGAAAGGGUAUCAGUUGUGAUUUAAAUCCAUUUUUGGAGGUUCAUAUCAAAAUUGGCAGCUGAAGUUAUUUUUUAUGGAGAAGAUUUACUGUCCAUUUUUUGUCCAUAUUCAAUAUUGAAAUUAUGGACCCCUAAAUAUGAAUAAUCUAUCAUUUAAUACAGCACACAAUGAACACUAUUUUUAAAUUGCUAGCCUAUUCAUUUAUACAUAUAAAUAUAUGUAUGUAUUAACAUUAUAUAAAGAUUAUAUAGGGUAAGUCUGGAAAAUUUAAAGCGGUUUUCAAUAAUUCAUGUACCCUUCCCAAAUCGAUGUACCAGAUGUACCACCCAGAUCGAGUGACUUUUUAAUGGUGUCGGUUGGCACAACCACAGAAUAUAACUCUCUUAUGGCAGUUUGAAAGUUUACAGCUGAAUUUUCCUUUUGUCCUGUUUGAACCUCAUGAAAAUAGAGAGUGAACAUGGUAAAAUACGACACCAACUUUGGCAUUACGAGAUCUGCCAACUAAUGCAUGUAAUUCUAUGGCAUGCCAAUCGCCGCCAGAUUGAAUUUAUCUUUUGUCAGGUCUCUGGAUUGCCUUAACUUGACAUUAUUUGAAUAGCAGGGGGGAAAAACUCCUCAUAAUCAUUUGAGAAGUUUGAAAUGAAUACAAAAUAUUCUGAAAUAUACCAUACCAAUAGUGAGACAACGCCAUUCAAAUUCGAUUUGAAUACAGUGACUGUAUAUACCACAGUGACGACAACGAGAAAUAAUAGAUUCAAACAUUGAGCGGUGUUUUAAGUUUCAGAUGAUCGACUGCGCAUGCGCGAAGGUUGGCCGACCGCUCGUCUCUAUUGAUAACAUCUUCACAUUUUGGAGGGUUUGAACCCCCUAAACCAGUCACAAUCACUAAGAAGUUAAACAAGAAUGCUUCAAAGCAUGUGAAACAGCCCGGCACCCGAAUGUAAAUAGUGAAAAUCAGAGAUCUCUGGUGAAAGUUCGACAUUUGAUGGCGGACAGAGCUCCAACCAAUUAAAACGCUGACAAGCCGUGUCGUCACUGUAGUAUAUAGAGUCACUGUAGAUUUGAACGUCCAUCAGCGCCAUCUAUGAGUACCUUUAUUAUCUAGAAAUUCAUCCAUCACAAAGCAGUCUCUUUUGGAACUACCUAAGAAAGCACAGGUCGGAUUGAAGCAGGUUUCAUUUGGUAUAGCUAUUUACAAGUUGGUUGCUCAAAAAAACAAAUUAAUAUUUGGUCCGUCUCCAAGUUGUCUUACUCAUCAAUUAAAACAUUUUGGAGUUGUUGCAUUUUUGCUGGUGGAUUACUAAGGGCUCCAAACCUUAUUUGAAAGUAGCCCCAGACUUGUUCUUUUUGAUGCAAGCCCUCACUAAUUGACCUCUAGAGUUUCAUUGAAUUGCAAAACAAAAUUCCCCAUACAUAAUUUUACGACAAUUAUUCUUUAUGGUCGAGUUAUCUAGUUUGAGAAUCAUCUUUUUAUAUAAUCUUUAUACAAUGUUAUGAAUUUUGCCAGAAACUUCUGUUGCUUAAUUCAUUUUCAGUUUAUUGAUCUCAAAAAGUUGUGUGAAAUUAGAUGCUCAUUAAUAUUUUCACACCAAAUUUUGAAAUAUUUAUGUUAUAACCACACGAGUAUCUAUAGAUAUACUUACAUCGAAUACACUGUAAAUAUAUCCUAUGGCCUUGAUUAGCUUUAAUUUGAAGCAAAAAUCAAAUGUUAGCAACCUAUGACUAAAUAUGACAAUUUGAAUGGACAAAUCUUCAAUGUGGGACACUGCAUUGAGUUAUUUUGGAAUACAUUGAGUGAUAUACAAAAAAUUAACAAAAAUUCCUUCUCUAGACUUAAACAUAACCUUAUAUAAGACUCUCAAAAGAAGGAAUCUAUUGUGUUAUUUAGAUAAUUAUGGAGUUAUGCUAUCUAUGUCAUAACUCAAAUAGAUACACUAAAUUAGCCGAUUCCCAUUAAUUCAUAUUCGUAUUGUUUGUAUACACUGAUUCAGAAUGAUAAAUAUUAGUUAUCUAAAUUGAUAAUUAUGUAUUUCAUGGAAAAAAAAAUGAUUAAAAUUGGACCAAAGAACCAUAUCUCUUGAUUUAUACAAUAAAAUAAAUUUUCUCUCUGUAA